CGCCAUGGCGACGCGGGACGCGCGGGGCCGGGCCUGCCAUGGCGGCCUACGGGCGGGGAGUGCGAGUCGGGAACUGGCUGGAGGACCUGCACGAGCAGGAGGAGCUCCUGAGGGAUUUUAUCAGUAGGAGAGAACGAGGACAACUUUUAAUGCAGAGAUUAGCCAGACUUCAAGAGAAUAUUUUGAAGAAGGUAAAGCUAUCAGUGUCUGUCGAUGGACUGGUUCACUUUGGAGACACUGUGAUGAUUAUGAACCCAGACACCAAAACCCCGGAGGCGAAGGACGAUGAAAGACGUGGUGACCUGACCUUGGCAGUGGAUAUGGAGGAAAUAUCCCUAUUUUCCGAUGACCCACCGCAAGUCUCACGUGGACUGAGCGCAGUCAACAGCGUGAACCCUGUGGGUCGAAAUACUUUCUGUAUCGUAAGUGCUGAUGGAAGUGGAGUGGGUGAACCACUUAGGUUUGGGCAAAACUUUCUUCUUGGGACAACAGGAGGCAUUUCUGACACAAUGUUUUAUCUAGGAAGUGACCACAAAACAUUCACAGCAUUUGCUAAAAAAUCUCGCCUUCAGCCGGUAUUUUUGACAGGUGAGGAUUCCUAUCUGACUUGCUGGCAAGCUGCCUUCCUGGACCCACAGCUGCGUCUUGAAUACGAAGGAUUUCCAGUUCCUGCAAACACUAAAAUUCUAAUUACUCAUUGCUAUACUAAUCGGAACUUAGCCAUUCCAAGGAACUUUUGUGUAUGGUCUUAUUUUGGAAAAGAAUGUGAAGUUGUUUGUCAUAAUUACCUGGACUCCCACAAAGUUGAAGAAUAUAAGAAUUACUGGGAAAUAAUUACAGGAAAUCCUGGUGCUGAAGGUGGUACAAUGAUUGAUAGACCCAAACCUCACCCAGAUGGGUAUAAGAAUGAAGAACUUCCAUGAAGAGAAUAUAAAAAUCCAAGACUACAUCCAAUAAGAGGUUGAUGAGACUCUGAUUCUUGAUAUUUUUAUUUUUUUGCUGUUUAGAUUUUAGUUUUAGAGAUGUUUGUUUUAAAAAUGGAAAAGAAAGUCUACCAUUAGUAAUAUUGCAUGAUCUUAUUAACUGAUCAAGGUUAUACAGUGGGCAAAAAAACUACUAACAUUUGAGGAACCACACAUCAAAAAUUUGUGAAUCAGGAAGGGUUCAUUUUCCCAUUUCCACUUUCACUGAGAGCAAAAGAUGCCAUAAUCCAGGAAAUCUAAUAGAUUUACAUUAAAUUACUGGCUUUCAGGAUAUAUUUAACCAAUUCUUCCAAAACCAAACACGUGUCACACUUUUUAGAAGAGUGAGCAUACAGUUUCCAAAACAUUGACAACCAAACACAUACAAAGCUGUAAUGGGAUACUUUGACAUUUAAAGUUCAUCAGAAAGAAAGCUGGUUGUUUAGCUUGUUCCCCACUCUGUCUAGCACAAUUUUGCCAAUUAUUAAAUCAUAAGUGAGAUUUCUUCAUCUUGAGAUUGGCUUCUGAUUUAUGGAUAUAAAUUGAGCUUUCUAUGCUUGUCCAUGUAUUCUAAAUACCUAAAUAUCAAGUAAUCAAGAACUUAAACAUGGUCCUAGAGACUAGAGACUUCUGACAGCCUUUUCCAUACAUCACCAUAUUCCAUUUACCUCUCACUCACAGCAUUUUUCAAUCUGUAAUAAUUUCUAACAAGUUUGAGAGCAAGAUAAAAUUGUCAAAGAAAAUUAGGCACCCAGAAGUUUCAUGAAAAUAAAUGCCAAAGCAGAAAACAAAUAAGAGUCACUGUAAGUUUAUCCAGUAAGAAAAAGAUUGUUUCUACCUAAUUUGACACUAGAGAAUCCACAUUAAAAUGUUGCCUUAAAAGAGUAAAAAUUUCAGCUGAAGCUCACAUUUUUCUUAAACAACAAAAUCAAUCAAGCAUAAGAUGCAAAGACUUGGAAAACAGAAGUCAUUAUUUCAUAGUUACCUGUCUUUAUCUGGAAGUUUAAGCAGCACCACAGAGAAUCUUUUAAUGUAUGACAUUCCAUUAUAUCCAUUUAGUUAACUCACAUGUAUACAUAUUCCAUCUCUUACUGUACCACAUGAGCUGGCUCUUUGAGCACAAAGUAAGUGAAUACUCGAGUAAAAUACUAUGUAGAGCUCCAUUCUCAAAAGAUUCCAAAGAUCUUCAGUGAUCGUAAAGGUCAAAUAAAACUUUUGAAGUUUCACCAAAACAAACCCACUAAACAUUCACAAAAGAUAGGACUGAUCCAAAUAUAUCUUCAAGCUCUAUUUCCAAAUAAUCUGUUUAAAACCCACCGGCAAGGCUUAAAAAGUUCUUACCUUUAUUCAAUUUAAAUAAAAUCAGCAGACUGCAGCAUCAGCUAAUGAGCACUUGGCAUACAGGAUCUCAGAACAGGAGACAUUAGGGUGCUGUGACAUGCAGGUUUGCUUUGGU